AUGUAUUUUUUUGAAUGUGUUGAUCCAGGCUACUAUGGAGACACGCAAACAAGAAUUACUGGCUUCUGGACAGUGGAUAAUUUUCAAAAGACAGGUUGCAUAAAUUAUAAUGCACAUUGCUCAGGUUUUGUGCAAGUCGAUCCAAAUGUUUUCCUUGGAGCAGCCAUCUCGCCAACAUCUGUAAUUGGAUCACGAUCCCAACAAUUCUUUUCUCCUUUUCUUGUCAAACAGGAUCAAAAUACUGGGCAUUGGUGGUUAAGUGCACAUGAUAAUAAAUCAGGGUAUCUAAACAUUGGAUAUUGGCCAAAGGAAAUAUUAACUCAUUUGAACCAAGGUGCUUCUUUGGUUAGAUUUGGUGGUGAAACUUUUACUCCUCCUAAUAAUAUGAAUAGUCCUCCAAUGGGUAGUGGAAUGUUGCCACAAACUCAUUUUGGUAGCUCAGCUUACAUGUCAAAUCUUGAAUUAUUUGACUCAAAUUACAAUUCAAUUAGUGUUGAACCUGAAUUCGUGACCAAAAAUGUUGACACCAACUCCAAUUGCUAUGAUUUGUUGUACAAUGGGGACCAAGGGAGUGUGUUUCAGCAAGCAUUUCUCUUUGGUGGGCCAGGAGGUCAAUGUGGUGUAUGAUUCUUUUAGAGCUACUUUUAUCCUAUGUUUCUAAAAUUUUAUAAUUAUGUUUCGAAAUUAUAUUCUUCUA